AUGCCUCCCGGAUCGCGUGGAGGUGAGAAGGCUGGAAGAGGCACUAGAGGCGGAGGUGGCAGAGCCCUCGGUGCCUCCCAUCGCACUGCGCCAAGACCAUCUUCAGAUGACCCAGUGCCCUCAUCGGAGACGUCUUCACACAUCAAUGACAAUGCUCUAGACCACCGCAGCAAGACAGAGGCUCCCCUGGGAAGUGGUCGAUCUACACCUACUGGUCUACGAACCUCGCAGACACCAGCUACAUCAUCACGAGGUACUAGCCGCUUCAAGCCGAAAAAUGUCAGAAGAGAUGAGGCUGAGCGUAAGAGGCUCGAGGAAGACAGAAGUCGCGAUCUAGCUUCCAAGAUAAAAGCAGAGGAGCGUGAGCUGCGGGCAGAAGAGCGUAGAGCAAGGCGGGGACGGGGAAGGGGAGGCAUGUCGCGAGGUCUGAUAAGACGCACUGUCACAGCAAGCGGACCAUUCUCUGCCAUAGCAUCAGAGAGCGUAAAGACAGAUGCCAGCCGCGGUGGGUGGGCAACUAGCUCAGGUUUUGGAAAAGGGGAUGCAUUUACACGUGAUUCAGAGAACCGCAUUCGCUACCAGCCUAGGCGAGAGCAUGAAUCUAGAGUCAACAUCGACCUUCUAAACGGUCUCACAGAUGGCCACGCCGCAGACGGUUCCCUGCUGUACCAGCCAAACCGUUAUACCCAAAAGUCUGCGGGUAACCUACCCAUUGGUAUACAUCGAACCUUGCAUCAAAACCCCGAGGUUAAGGUCAAGACACAGGCCGAGCUCGAGGCAGAGGACCGACAGGAAUCUGAUGAAGAAGGGAACUUGUUUGUUGACGCACCUGUUGGAGACCCUCGAGACAUCGGAAUGAAUAACGACAAUGAAGUAUGGCAUGCGGCGCCAAAGAACCAAGUGCACGUUAAGACCGAGCCAAUCACAGAAGAGGACGGUGUCGAUGUUGAUAUGGCCGAUAUUCCAGAGGCCCCGAAAGCACCUCCCUCUCCGGAAGUAAAGAAGAAGCCCAUUCUGGAUGAACAAGGUCUAGCUACAGAUGUCAAUACCGAGAAGGUAAGACGCAAAGAGAAGAAGAUAGCUGAGGACCCAGAAUUCAUGUACUCGACGAUGGAUGUGGAGGCAUUAUUACGUAGUCUCAGCCUCACUACUCCAGCUGAGAGCGAAGAAGGUCAAGGAAAGGAUGAUCAACUCUUCAUCUUCCAGUUGCCACCUAUCCUUCCACCUCUGACCAAACCCUCAAAGAGCCUCGAUGGGCAACCCGAAACAAUCGAUAUCGUGUCGACCGAUAUUGGCUCAAAGAUAAAGCUCGAGGACGGCGUUGCAGCAACUCCUGGUAGGUCCGCAGGUCUUCCAGCUGAAGGAGGAUUUAUAGGGAGACUCAAUGUGCGUAAAUCUGGCAAAGUUGAACUUGACUGGGGCGGUACCACACUCAACCUGGGGAUGGAAACAGAAACCGACUUCUUGACAACUGCAACGAUUAUCGAGCAAAAGGAGAAUGUGGAGACCGCAGAAGAGACAGCAGGGUUUGCGUAUGGCAUGGGUCAAGUCUUUGGCAAAUUUGUGCUAGCGCCUCCAUGUGAAGACGAGGAUGAAUGGGACCCCAACAUCGAAGACAUUAUGCGCGCCGCUGAUAAUCAAUCCACAAUAUAG